AUGAUCCCCUCACACAGCACCACCAGGUUCAGAUAUCUGCCCGAACUCUCCUCGGGCAGCGGCUCGGAGGUCCGAGGCGGUCUACCGCCUUCCGCGCUUGUCUCACGGGAUGGAUCCAGGGCCGGGGACCGACGCGGCUCCGCUGGCUGGGCUGGCCUGGUCGUCGGCCUCCGCGCCUCCGCCGCGGGGAUUCAGUGCGAGGCCUCUGUGUCCAAGAAGAAACGCAUGUGUGUGAAGCUGGUGCCCUUGGGGGUCGCAGACACGGCUGUAUUUGACGUCCGGCUGAGUGGGAAGACCAAGACGGUUCCUGGUUACCUGCGAGUAGGGGACAUGGGUGGCUUUGCCAUCUGGUGCAAGAAGGCCAAGGCCCCACGUCCAGUGCCCAAGCCCCGAGCUCUCAGCCGAGAUAUGAGGGACCUCUCCCUGGACCCGCCUGGACAGCCCAGCAAGGGUGGCUUCCCGGAGCGGACGCUGUCAAGGCUGGGCUCCCGGGCGUCUACCCUGCGGAGAAGCGACUCCAUCUAUGAGGCUUCCAACCUCUACGGCAUGUCAGCCAUGGAUGGGGUUCCCUUCACACUGCACCCCCGAUUCGAGGGCAAGAGCUGUGGCCCCCUGGCCUUCUCUGCCUUUGCUGAUCUGACUAUCAAGUCGCUGGCAGACAUCGAGGAGGAGUACAACUAUGGCUUCGUGGUGGAGAAGACCGCGGCUGCCCGCCUGCCCCCCAGUGUCUCUUAGCCCCAAACCAGCUCCAGGGAAGAGCCCCCUGCCUGACACUCCUGGACCGGCAGCUGUCCACCCCAUUCUAUUUUGGGAACCUUGGCAGUGCAAGGCAUUCCGGACCCUCGGCCACCCAGUGGAGCUGCAGCCCUGGAAGAGGGGGUGGGACUGGGUCUGCUUGGUGAUGGGGCCCCCUGCCCAGUGGGCAGGGGUUGGGGCUGGACGGAAACCAGUGCCUUCAAGUCACUUGUGUCAAAACUCUGAUGCCUGGAGGCCAUGCAGGCAUCCUCCUGGUAAUAAACACUACGCUGUCUGUGCCAUCUGUAGUCUC